AAGAACUUUGGCACAAGUUCGAAAAAGCCUAGACUGUGAACGAAGAUCAGAUGAAUACCGUCAAAGCUGCGAAACCUCUUCUCCUAAGAACAUCGAGUCUAUGAUCUCUUGACAGAAAAUAUUUUCAAACUCGCCUUCAAAUUUCUGACUAAGCCCCAAACGCCAUACCAGGAACUCCUUGGGACGUGGACGUGACCGUAGUUAUCGGCGGGCUUAGCCGGCAUCGAUCACAAAAGACUCCAGCUGUAAUCGCAAGAAAGCAACUUGAUUUCUCAUAGAAACGACCUGCGACGCCAUUCACCCUUUUCCUUCAGGAUACCGACUGCCGCUAGCGAUCUUCGUCAACUCUCGCUUUCCAACCUUCCUCCAUGUAUCUUCGAUUCAACCACCCCUCCGUUUCCUAGGUCUGGAUGUACUUGGGACAAACGGCGCAAGCACAACAUCACUUCUGCAUGCGACCGUAACGUGAGCAGAUCACGGAUGACCGCGCAGACAUGGCUUCUUGGAAUCAUUCAAAUGGUACCUCUCCAUACUAUUCGCCCUCAAACUCAGCGUCGUCGCAGUUUCUGGUGGGGCCUGGAAGUUCAGAGCCUCGUCGGGACAGUCACAUCUACUCGCCUUCACCCACCUCAUUGCCUUCUCACCAACAUGGCGCUCAUGCACAUCUUCUUGCUACAGGUCGACUGCCAAACAAUGUCCCCACUACUGCCAACGGAACACCCGCCUUUCCUCAGCAGCAGCAAUGGAAUCCUGCCGCCUUGUUGAAUCCGCGAGGCUUCCACUCUACCCCUUCGAGCAACGCCACAAAUGGCUUUUCGAGUACGAGUAAUGGAACAAAUAAUGGCAAUCUUACCUUUCAAUUCGAUAGCCCCGGAGGCUCACAUUACAAUGGUCCUACCCCUUCUCCCAGCAAUGAGAACAUGCGACCAAAUGGUACAAAUGGGAAUGGAUUUGCCGCCUACGCAAAUGGCAACGGACAGAUGAGAGGCAUGGCACAUAUGCUAGAACGAGUGCACAACGUAGCGGACCGGGACAUGAUUCCUCAAAAGCGAAGAAAGAUAGUCGACGAGCGCGAGGAGCAGGGAAAAGGCACAUUUAAUGGUGGCGGAAAGGGCGGGGUGUUGGGACAGUACAUGAGAGAACAGAAGGAGGAAGGUCGAAAGCAAGUUGCUGCGAGAGGUACAGCGCCUGUGGAUAUCUCAAUCGAAGACGACGACGAUGUUCAAGUCGUUGGUAGCUCGGACGACAAAGAGGUUUGCUACGGCCGAAUCGAAGGAUCCGAGAUCAAUGUCUUCAAGGUCCCAACUCCAAAGCCAGGUUCUGUGGCAGUGUCCAAUGGUUUCUGGCCUCAAGUCAAGAUCUUAUUACGCAGACGCCAUGGCGACAAGACUAACGUGGUCCAUGCUGUUGAUAGCACCCGGGGGACUAUUGGUUGCCUCGACGUAAAUACAGCUAUCGGAUUAGUCCCUCUCUUGGAUUCGAAGUUUGGCAUUCGGACAGCAGCAAGAAUUCUUACCAGAGCACGGAGACCUGGUGAUCUACCUCCAGGAUCUGAUGUAUCUUGUCGGUUCCCUCUCGAUCUCAAUGUUUAUGGUCCCAAGAAGCACGCUAUCCAGGUUGGCCGCUUCCUUUCUCAAAAGCAACUUUGGCUUCGAACUCCUCUCUUUGUUGAGGCUGGUGUCCUACUGCAUAAUCCGCAUACCAUCGAAAAGCCUCCUCAACCUCCUGCUCGGAAUGUUUCAUCAGGACCAGUUGGUUAUUCUCGUACACAAGCACCAGUACGUACCACUGAGGAGAUCCGAAACGACAUCAUUGGUAUGUUCGAUAAUUUAGAACGUUCUGAAAAUCUCCAAGAGAUGGAAGCAGACCCCCGUAUCACGACUGAGCUUCUGAAGCAUCAAAAACAAGGUCUUUAUUUCAUGACCAACAAGGAGAAAGAACGUGUUUUUGGCAAAGAUGAGAAAUGCAAUAACUCUUUGUGGCGACUCAACAUAUCUCCUAGUGGCGAGAAAACAUAUUUCAAUGUCAUCACUGGCCAAGAAGAACGUCGGAGUCCGCCACAGGUUCUUGGUGGUAUCUUAGCUGAUAUGAUGGGUCUUGGGAAGACUUUGGCUAUUCUUGCUCUGGUAGUACAGACUCUUGAUGUUGAGGCUCAGGAGUGGGCAAAGCAGACUCCUUGUGCAUCACAAGACGAUCGAGAUCUUUGUCCUUCACGAAAGGGGAAGGUGGCUCUGCCGAAGCUUGAGCAGACUCCUCUUGUCCUGAAUGCUAAGACCACCUUGCUUGUUUCACCUGUUUCCACAAUUGCCAAUUGGGAGCAACAAAUGAGGCAGCAUAUCAAGCCUGGUACCCUCAGAUAUCAUAUCUAUCAUGGACCCAACCGGAUCAAAGAUGUCAAAAAGCUUGCUGAGUUCGAUCUUGUCAUUACCACCUAUGGUUCCAUUGGUCACGAAUUCAAACACCGAGCCCAAAAGAAGCAUGGCGUCUACCCGCUUGAGGAGAUCAACUGGUUUAGAAUUGUUCUGGAUGAGGCUCAUAUCAUUCGAGAGCAGUCAACACAACAGUCAAAAUCUAUCUGUCGCCUGGCUGCAAAUCGCAGAUGGGCUGUGACUGGAACUCCAGUUCAGAACCGUCUAGAGGAUCUGGGUGCUUUGAUGGCUUUCUUACGCAUCAAGCCGUUUGACGAGAGCCGUGGUUUUGCUCAAUGGAUCAUGGCCCCUUUCAAGAUGUGCGAUCCUGAAAUCAUACCUAAACUACGACUACUGGUAGACAGCAUCACUCUUCGACGUCUCAAGGAUAGAAUCGAUCUUCCAGCACGCCACGAUCACCUUGUUAAGCUUGACUUCAGUGCUGAAGAGCGGGUUAUCUACGAUAUCUUUGCUAAGAACGCUAAUGAUCGCGUCAAGGUCAUUGUUGGUCAGAGAGAGAAGAACGUCAGCGGAGGAAAGACCUAUGUCCAUAUUUUGCAGUCAAUUCUUCGUCUUCGAUUGAUCUGUGCUCAUGGCAGAGAUCUUCUUAGCGAGGAAGACUUGAAGGUCAUGAAUGGAUUAAGCAAGGACUCUGCGAUUGAUCUGGACAGCGAUGAUGAAGAGGAUCGGCCAGCCAUGUCGGCACAGCAGGCCUACGAUAUGUAUAACUUGAUGAGAGAGACAAAUGCGGAUGUUUGUCUUACUUGUCUGCGGAAGAUUGGUCCUGACGAAGCAGAAGCAGAUGGGGAGGCAAAGGAUGAGAUCAUUGGACAUAUGACACCAUGCUACCACAUCAUUUGCAACACUUGUAUUAAGAGAUACAAGGCUGACAUGGAGGAGGCAGCACAAGGUCAAUCCACAAUGAAUUGUCCAAUUUGUCAACAAUAUAUCAAGCUGUUCUACUUCCCUCUGAGACAAGGAGGAGUCGAGGAGCAAGAAGAGUCACGACUUAAGUCUAAACUCAAUGCUAAGCAUGGAAAGGAGCUCAAUGGCUACAGCGGUCCUCACACGAAGACAAAAGCUCUGAUCCAAGACCUUCUUGCAUCCAGACGAGAAUCGGAACUGGCGCCUAACGAACCCCCUAUCAAGAGCGUUGUAUUGUCAGGCUGGACCGCACAUCUUGAUCUCAUUCAGCUCGCACUAGAAGACAACAGCAUUCCCUACUGUCGACUCGACGGCAAGAUGUCCCGCAUUGCUCGUGGUCAAGCAAUGGACGUGUUCCGCGACGAUCCCAGCAUUCUCGUCAUCCUUGUCUCCAUCACAGCUGGUGGUCUUGGCCUCAAUCUCACUUCUGCCAAUAAGGUCUAUGUUAUGGAACCCCAAUACAACCCUGCGGCAGAAGCCCAAGCCGUCGAUCGUGUUCAUCGACUAGGUCAAAAGCGAGAGGUCCAGACAGUGCGAUACAUCAUGAACGACAGCUUCGAAGAAAAGAUGAUGAUCUUGCAAGACAAGAAGAGAAAACUUGCACACCUAAGCAUGGACAGCGAAAGUCGCGGUCGCUUCGACAAAGCAGAGCUAGCACGAUCGCGUUUGGACGAACUGAGGAGCUUGUUUAAGUAGAAUUUUCCCCUUUCUUUUCCUUUGUUUUCUUGCUUUUGGAAAUGGAGUUGAGCGAACAAUAGAGGCACGGCAUACGGUACAAACCCAGACAUAUGGCAGGAGUUUUCGGAUGGACAACAGGUUUUUCGGUCUGCGUCUUCUUCAGCGUGGGGCUGGUCUUCAUUCCUGCAUUUAUUUUCCCGUUAAUGAGAUGAUUGGUCUUUGGAGAAAUAUAUCUAGAUGUGGGCCUACGGGUACCCAGGUACAGAGGACAGAUGCAUACUCUAGGCGUUCCUCUGACAUUGACAUGAAAUGAAGUUGAAUUUUUGCGCAUUCAUAAAG